AAAAGCACAUGGAAAUCCUUACUCUGGAAAUAGAACGAACUGAUUAUCAGAGCAAAGAAACUUUGGGCUUCAAAAUGAAAACUGCAGCAAAGAAGUUGGUUGAAGAGGACAUCAGACAAGCUUUUCAAUAUUAGAAAGGGUUUCUUUGGAGCAAUCCGCUCAGGCCAACCAGUGUGGGGAUGAACGCAGCACGUAAAAGAGCUUCAACAAAGGCACGCCUGAGACAAAUGAAGCCUUCUCUCUGCAGUCCAGUUUCAGAACAUACAAGUCCCUCUGAAGAAACUAGAGGUCUUUUCUUCCAUUAUGACAAAUAGAUGAAGUUAUGGUUUCCAUCCUACCUGUCCUGGCAGAUGUAGCUGUGAUUCCGUUCAGUCAGUGCAAUGCUACAGGCUAAUGGAGGUGCCAUCAAGUCUUCCUCCCACCACCAAGAAGCUCUACAUUAGCCACAGCAAAAUUCAACACCUUCAGAUGUCUAGCUUCACCAGAAUGUUGGCUUUAGAAGAUUUUAUUCUGCUGGCCAGUGGAACGGAGUCAGUAGAAAAUGACACUUUCAAAAUGCUGAGUACCUUAAAGACCUUGGAACUCUGGAAAAAUAAGUUAAGAUGCGUCCCCAGUAUUCUCCCAGCCAGUCUUGAAGUGUUAAAACUAAAUGAUAAUUCAAUAGAUGUCCUGCAUGGAUCUGAUUUUGAAGGACUGAAGAAAUUAAAAAUCCUUGAACUUAAAAACAAUCUGAUCUCUUCUCUCUCUCCCAGCUCACUCUCCUCUCUUGUGAGUUUGCAAAGUUUGGUGUUAGAUGGCAACAAUAUUGAAUCCGUAGCUGGACCACUGGCACUCCCUCACCUGAGAAGUAUGAGCAUGGAGAAUAAUAAACUGCAUCUUAUACCAGCUGGCUUCUUUACUUCCCUCCAGUCUCUGCAAUUUCUCAGUUUCAGUGGUAACUUCCUGACUAAGAUUCCCAUCGAUCUGCCCAAGUCUCUGCUCUCUUUAAAAAUGGAGAGAAACCAGCUCAAAGUGGUAAGGUUUCGAGAUAUGAAACACUUGGAGAAUCUUUCCCACCUUUAUCUGUCAGAAAACUCACUCUCCUCCAUCGAUGGGGUACAGAUACUUGCCAAUUUAACUACUCUCGAGUUGUCUCAAAACCAGGUUCCAGUGUUGCCCUUCAGACUACCAGCAAGGCUACAAAAACUAGAUAUUAGCAAUAAUCUGAUUCAGAGAGUUACAGUCCAAGACUUUCAGGACCUCCGAGACUUGAAACACUUAUUUCUGGACAAUAACGUUGUUAGCUUGUUCGAAGCUGGAGCCUUGCAGAUGUGUUCCCAGCUCUCCAACCUGGCCCUGGAGCAGAACCUGCUGUUGUCUAUACCUUUAAGGCUUCCAGGAACCUUAGCCCGGCUGGACCUAAAAGGCAAUGCCAUCCAGGAUAUUGCUGAGAGGGAGCUCAAGGAUCUAAAGCAGCUUCAGGUUCUAAACCUUAGGAACAACAAGAUUUCUGCCCUAGAUCUCAAGGUUUUGGAGGGUUUGCCUCGCCUCAGACAUCUGUAUCUGGAUGGAAAUCCAUGGAAUUGCACCUGCAGUCUCAUAAGAGCGAGGGAGAUCCUGAAGGCCAAGGGCACGGAUGUGAGGGGAGGACAAUGUGCUGCACCAGCUGAACGGCAAGGGGAGAGCUGGAUGUCCUCCAAGAAGAUCAUGAGGCAAUGUGAGCAUCAUUUACAUCUGACCGAGAAAAACAAAGAGUCCAAAAAGAAAUCAAAACCAGAAGAACACUCCAGCCUCAGAAUCAACAUGGAUGAUGAUUAUUAUGAUUAUGAAAUAGAUUAAGUAUGAGCUUGUUUACAGUUUAGAUAAAGUUUUUCUUUUAAAUAGGCUUCAUUUAGAGCUCUUUUAGAUUCAUAGCAAAAUUGAGAGCAAGGUAAAGAGAUUUCCCCAUAUACCUCCUACUUCUGCACAUGCAUGGCCUCCCACAUUGGAAAACCCCCCUUCAGAGUGGGAGAUUUAUUACAAUUGAUGCACCUGCACUGACACAUCAUCGUCACCUAAAGUCCAUAGUUUACACUAGGGUUCACUCUUGGUGUACUUUUGGUGAAGUACAUUCUGGGGAUUUGGACAAAUAUAUGGUGACAUGUAUCUAUCAUUGUAGUAUCACACAGAAUAGUUGCACUGUUUUGAAAAUACUCCACAAAAGUUUUUUAGUGUUCAAUCUCUUAAGCAAAAAUAUACAAUAAAUUUAGAUAUGUAAGACUCUUUUUUUGUAAGUUUUUCUUGUUUCUAUUUUUUUUUAAAGAAUGAAAUGAAAGUUGAGGUGGGGAGGAAAGGAGAAAGAGAUAAUGGUAAAAAGAUGUAAGAUGCCUUCCACUUAAAAAGUAAUUUGUAUUUGAUACUGAAAUCUACACAAAUAAUGCCAAAUAAAAUUGCCAUCUGGUUAGCUUCCUGAAAAUAGAGUUGUUCAUUUUAUCAUGUAAGGUGAUGACUUUUGUGUAUGAAGCUGGUGCCUACAGGCCUACACUACAGGCUUUGGACUCCCACUUAAGCAAGAAAGAAAGUAUUGGAAAGAAUGGGACUUGCUCACAGAAUCAAAGGAAAAGCUGCAGAAUCUGGAAGGAACAGGGUCGGAACUGCUCCAGGGUCCCAGAAAGAACACUGUGUUGGAGAGGCCCUUAGCUUCUUCAACCUUCUCGGUGCAGAAUGAAGAGCCUCCACUAUUAUGUGUUAGCUUCCCUCUUCUCAACAUUCAUAUCAUCAGAAGGAGAGACCAGUUGGCCUAACUUGGGUCAUAUAUUCACCCUUGGCUAAGGGACAAUAGUAUUGUCUGACAGUCUUACCAAGACCAAGGGGAAACCAGAAAAGGAAAUGUAAAUUGGCAUCUUAUAUACUAUGAUGUCCCUGCAAUGACCUUCUUGAAGAGUUGUAUUGUGAGUUACAUUUAAUGUUCCCCGAGCCCACCGAAAUCCCCAAACUCCCUUCCUUUUGAUGAAAUGCGUACCUUUGAGAGUUGCCUUUCUGGGGAUAGAGAUGGGACUAUAGAAUACAUUUUUUCUAUUAAUCUACUUGUAAAUAUGAUCUACUAGCAUGUAAAUCUGAAAUCCCAUCUAAAUUGGCUCCUUUUCUAAUUAGUAAGAUUUAUCUGUUGCAGUAUUUGUUUUACAAAGUUUUCCAACAAAAUGCUCCUAAAGGAAGAGAAAGAGUAGGGAUUGAGCAUAUGAGUAAUAUGCCCACCAGAAGCUUGAGCUUUUUCUACAGUGUCAUGAUUUAAAAUUUUACGCAGAAUUUGUAUUACUUGCUUUGUGUCCACAUUUUCUUCUCCCCAAAUUUUUAUGAAAUUGACAUUCCUGGAAAAGGAGUCCUAUUUUUACAGUGGCUACUAGUACUCCCUGGCACACUGACAGGUAUCUCAACUACCAAAACACAGAAGUACAGAAAUAAGGGAACUUAUACAUGUUUUUUUCUGGUUAUCGUGUGGGUUUCAAC